AUGAGUAGGCGGCAAUCUGAGUACGACCUCUGGUGCUCGUGCGCAGCCCCCAAGAAAGAGGCCGCUCCCAAGAAGGAGGCCGCGGCAAAAAAGGAGAAAGAUGCGGCGGCAAAGAAGGAAGCUGCACCAAAGAAGGACGCCGCGCCAAAGAAGGAGUCCGGCAAGAAGGAGGACAAGAAAAAGGACAAGGAUGGAAGCAAGGACAAGGAUGAGGCCAAGGAGCCUACGCCUGAGGAAAUUGAGAAGGCCAAGAAGGAUAAGCUGAAGAAGGUCAUCAAGGAAGGUGGCAAGCGUGGCGUUGAGAUUGAAGGUGCCGCAGACAUGGGUGGCCUCCAGUUUUUCUGCACCUCCGUGGAUAUGCCCGAGGGCGACCUCGAGCUGACAGUGAAGUGCGUGGAGGCCAUGAAUGCCAAGAGCGACCCCUCUGAGGAGGAGCGCAAAGGUGGCUCAGGACACAUCGGCAAGAUGGUUUUCUCCGUCGGGGUGGAGCACCUGGCAGUGGUGGCGUAUGUGCCUACGGAAAAGACAAAGGAGCUCAGCUGUGAGGAGUGGCUUGCCCACGUUCUGGGCACUCAGGGCGGAAAGGUAGAAACCAAGGGCAAGGAGUUGUGCACUGGCACUGUUAAGACCAAUGCCGACAAGGGUGUCUUCCCUUUGAAGAUCAGAGAGCCCAUGAUCCUCGAGGCCAACAACUACUUGCGCAAGAAAGGUCUUUUCCCUGAGGACAACGAUGAUGAUGACGACGAGUGCGUGUUCGGCGAUGAUGAUUUCCCCGCCUGA